AUGGAGCGGGAUGGAAGAAGUAUGACAAGAAGGACGUUGUUGAUACAGCAGCUGAUAAUAUCAGUGCUUCUGUUUGGCCUCUACGCUCAACAUGGGGAAAACUCAUCUGGACAAAAUGAGUCCAGAAAAGAAACUGUUCAUGCUGAGGAUUCCCAACCAGUUACAGAACCGAGUGACAUGAAAUUAAGCAAUGCCUUCGAGGAUGAUGCUGAGCGGUUUGACGAAGAUGAUAGUAAUAACGCAGACUCUUCGAAACCAAGUGCCAUUGAUAAUGAAGCUAUAGAGGAACUUGUUAAUCGCUUCCUAAAUAGUGAUGCUGCCGAAGAUGGUAAAGAUGAAAAGCUGAAUAAAGAAGCUUUAAAACUGAUCAAUUCAAGCAAAUACUGGGAUGUGAGCAAUUUAGAGCCUGAAGGCUCUAUACGAGAUAGUAAGAAAGCUCAGGAAUGGAUGAAUGGAUAUGCUGUUGAGGCACAAAAAGUUUUACGCGAAGUAGCUUUAGCAGGAUGGAAUUAUGUUACAUCAGUAUCACAUCUUACUAAACAACUUCUUGAUGAAGCCGAAGAGACGCUAGGAAAAUUUGUGAAAAGCAGCUCGAAACAAGCGAAGCAGUUUGAUAUUGCAGCAAUUGAGGAUAAAUCAUUGAAACGACAAUUUGAGUUGCUUUUAGUAGAAGGCAUUAAUGCUUUGGAUGAAAAUGACUUCAAUGAAUACAAUGAACUUCAAAAAUUGAUAGCAAAAGCAUAUGCUGAAACUUCAGUUUGUGAAACAGACAACGCAACGAUAUGUCCAUACAGAGUGCCCGAUAUUGUGUCAAUUAUCGCCCAUGAGAAUGAUGGCCCUAAAGCAUUUCGUCUUUGGAUCGCGUUGCGUGACGCAUUAGGACCGAAACUGGUUACUUCUUACAAACGUCUCAUUGAGUUGAUCAAUAAAGGAGCUAAAUUAAAUGGUUUUUCGGAUGGCGGAGCGAUGUGGCGUAGCCCUUACGAACUGCUCGUAUCACGUCAAGAAAAAGCAGAACAAAGUGACACCGUUGUUCUUUUGCAAAAGUUAUAUCAACAAAUCAAUCCAUUUUAUAAACAGUUACACGCAUAUAUAAGACGUCAAAUACCUGCUUUGUACGGCUUAACAAACGUGUCUAGUCUAACGCGAGAUGGUCCUAUCCCAGCCCAUUUGCUUAAGAGUAUUGCUGGUGACAAUUGGAUUGCCUUCUAUCGAGAUACAAAGCCAUUCCAAGACGAGGAUGAUCUUGCAAGGGAAGUCCAAGAUAACUUUCAAAAACGAAAUUAUACUGUGAAAAACAUGUUUAAACAGACAUAUAAAACCCUCAAACAAAUUGGGUUUGACAAAUUGCCAUCAAGUUUUUGGACGAAAUCAAUUUUUACGAGAACCUGGAGUAGAGAUAUGCUUUGUUAUCCACCUGCUGCCUACGAUAUGAGGAAUGAACUUGAUUAUAGGGUGAAAGCAUGUGCGCAUCUUAAUUUGCCCGAUUUUGAAUUAACCCAUAAAUUACUUGUACACAUAUACUAUUAUUACAUGUGUCGUGAGCAGCCACUUUUGUUUCGAGAAGCAACAAAUCCAAGUUUUCUGACCGCUGUGACUAAUGCUUUCGCAAUUAAUGCUCGAAAUAUAGAGUAUUUGAAAAUGAUGAAACUAAUAACAUCUGAGACUGGCUUUAGCCGCUCAAAAAUUAUAAAUCGUUUGUAUAUGGAAGCACUUGAAGAUUUCGUCAAAUUACCCUUUGACUUCGCGGUUGAUAUGUGGCGAUUUCAUAUAUUUGAUGGUACGUCGACAAAUGUUACAUGGAACUCCGAUUGGUGGCGGCUAAGUGAAUUAUUCCAAGGGAUCAAAUCGCCUGUGGAUCGAAAAUCAACUGAUUUCGAUGCUAUCGCUUUUUCUACCAUUGCUCAAACGCAUGCUCCUGCGAUGAAACACUUUUUCGCCUACAUAAUGCAGUUUCAAAUCCUAAAAGCUCUGUGUCCUAACGCAACAAAUUUGAGUAACGGAUGUAUGUUAGAACGUAGCCCAGCUAUUGAUAAAAUUAAGAAAGUUAUGGCGCUUGGUUCUUCAAUUACCUGGCGAGAAGCACUGGAAAUUAUCAUAGGUAGUAAAGAAGUUGAUGCAAGUGCUAUGUUGGAAUAUUACCAACCUCUGAUAAGUUGGCUUGAAGAAGCAAACGCUAAGGAACACGUGUAUAUUGGAUGGGAUGGAUUUGGAAAGCCAUUUACGGAAUCGGAAGUACCAAAACUUCGAGAAAAUACCGCCAGUAUGGAUACAUUCUCAGAAAUAUUGAGUGAAACUCAAUUUGCAUUUCCGGGUGGUGACUGUUCAAACAGUAGGGAAUGCUUGUUGGAUUCGGUCUGUCGAAAUAAUAUUUGUGAAUGCAAAGAAGGACUAUAUACUCUGAGGAUUGGCAAUACUUAUAACUGUGUUCCCGGAAAUCCUGCUGAUGCAGGUUUUGGAGAUGGACAUGGUGGCUUAGUCAUCGGUUUACAUUCAGCAGACGACAGCAGUGUAGUACCUAUUCCAGAGCCUGAGGAGCAUAAUAAGCAGUUGGGAGCAAAACCGGGAUCGGAACAUAGAAAUGGCAGGCCAGGUUCAUUACCGGAAGCUGAACUAGAACAUAAAGGAACUUCUAUCAGUAUACCGACAUUAAUCUUGGUGUUAUUAUUUACUGUCCUGAUCGUACUAUUAUAG